AAGUUUAACAAUUCAGUUAGGGCUGGGGGUGAGGGUUGUGGAACUAACAUGGCAACCCCGUCUGGGCAGGGGAUCCCUAGAUAUUCGAAAACCCCAGUUGUCAGCACUAGGGAGGGAUCCUCUACCUGUCCAGAACCUUCACUGACAUGGUGUCUGGCUCAGCUGUCCAAAUCAGGCACUGCGGCAGACAGUCCGAGUGGUGCCCUAUCAGGCACCGAUAAUAAGUGUGUCUGGGAGAGACAGAAGACCAAAGAGGGCAGACGACUGGAGGCUGGGUUAUGGAGGGCAUUGGUGGCCAUUCGGACGCAGCACAUCAAAGGAGGAAGCAGUAGAAUAGCUCGUUAUCAGCUACAAGGAGGCUUACCUCCUUUGCUAGACCUUCUCAGACGCCCUGAAAACCCAAGAAAGAUCCUGGACCUGGCCCUCAGCAUUCUUGCCAACUGCUGUACUGAAAAAGAAACCCGAACAGAGGUGAUGAAAUUGGGUGGCAUAUCGGUUGUCGUGGAUAUCCUUAAGAGGAAUGUUUCUGUGGAGACAGUGGAAAACCGAGCUGCACGUGCUUUGGGAAAUCUUGCAAUGGAUCCAGAAGGUUCAGCCCAAGUCCACUCUGCUGGUGGUGUUCCUCCUCUCCUCCUCUGCCUUUCCAUCCCUCCCUCUCCAUCCUCUGCCUCUUCCCUCCCGUCAGUGCCCGUGCCUGGAUCUCCUAAACUAGAGCGCGCCCAGUCCGCCGCGCGUGCCCUGCUUUACCUCUCAGAUUCCCCUGCCAACCGUCUCUCACUGCUGGCCCAGGGCGCGUUACCUGCCCUCGCGCUCUUCAUCGCCCCAGAGUACCCACCGGGGCUAAGGCGGGCAUCCCUUCGCGCUCUCCACGAACUCACCAGGGGCUGUGGUAUGGAGUGUGCUCGGGAGGUGUCGCUGUCUGGGGCCCUGACUCAGCUGGGGAUGGUGGCCUCUGGUGAGGGCAGCCGGCCUCUGGAGGAGCUGGCUCUGAAGACUCUGGCCAACCUGUGCUCUCAGGGUGGCCUCCGACCGCUGGUGGGUUCACUGGGAGUCAUCCAGAAAUUUGCAGAGGAGGUGAAGAAAGACCCUCUAAAGUCAGGGGUGUUUUUUAGGGCCUUAUGCCUGUGCUGCAAAGAAGCAGUGAACCGUGCAAAAGUGAAAGAGAGUGGAGGACUAGAGGUGAUUAUUGGCUUCCUGGCUGCCCAUCAGAACCAUCCUCUCGCACGAUUGGCCAUUCUGGCCUGUGUGGACUUCGUCUAUGACGAGUCAGCUUUGGAACAGCUGCAGGAGCUCGGGCUGGUGCCGCUGCUUGUUACACGAUUGGUGGAGCUUACCAAAGGGGAGGGACCAACUGCAGACAAGAUGGAUGUCAGCCUCAGCUCCACGUCUCCGUGCUGUGAACUGAUGCCGUCAUGUUUCGACUCUUUUGACUUUCCACCCCCUGAGGGGAACAGGAAGGAAGAACUGGUAAAGGAGCAAGGUCCCGGGUCUUCUAGUUUCCUCAGUCUGAGAUCCUGGCUGGUCUCUGAGGGUCUGAUCUCCUCAGAGGGUGAGUUGCUCGAGUCCCCAGCUGGCACAGAUGGAGAUUUGCAGAGUCCUAAUGCUUUGUCAUCUCCAUCCUCAUCCUCAUCCUCAUCUGCAUUGCAUACUUCUCUCUCUGAUGUGCCCUCUUCCAUGAAAAGCCCUUCACCAACUCCCCAUCUGGGUCUUUCCCAACUCUCCAUCCGCCCCAGACCCGGACGCCUGUCCUCCUCCUCUGUUUCGGCUGUGACAAUCACAUCCCAGCUCUCUCCUCCUAAAAACCCAGCCACCUCCCCCCUGCAGCCAUCUUCCACCUCGACUCCCCAAAACCAGUUUGCCUCCUCCACUGCCAAAUCUGCCCUCACCCCUGCUUCUUCCUCUAGCCUCUCCUCCCCUCCCCGGAAAAGACCCCGCACCUCCUCCAGUUCUUCCUCCUCUUCCUCUUCCUCUUCCUCCCACUCCAACAUGGUACCGCUGGACACCUGCCCAGUAAUAACCCGGGCCCCCAGUGCUUACCAUCACCCGUACCAUCCUGAGCCCUGGGCCCCAGAGUCGCCCAUCCUCCUGCUCCUGUCACGCUUCUCUCACGCCACCGACCCCAGCGGAGCACUCAUCAACCCGGCCGUCUUCUCUGGAUUGCUGUUCUACCUCACACAUCAUCAGGACCCCAGUGGGCGAUGCUUCCGAAUGCUGGGGAGACUCAGCUGCAACCCAAACUGUCUCCAGGCUCUGGUCCGAACGGGCGCCGUGGCGCUGAUCCGGCAGCAGCUCUGUCUCAGAGGGGAAGAGAGAGAGGGAGGAGGAAAAGAAAGACAGUCUGACAGGGUGAAGACAAAGAUCAGACAACUGGGCCAGGGGCUGCUGAACAAUCUACGAGUGCAGUGUGAGUCCUCUUUCGGCUCUGGAGUUCUGACGCACAUCAUGCUAUCAGGAUCAGAAUCUGACAGAAUAUACUGUGUCCUCUCUCUGCCUGUCAUUAGCAGUAACAGAGUGCUGUUGAAGAAGCUGCUGUUGGACAGUGGAGGUUUGAUGCAGGCUCUUGAGCCUCUGGGUUGUCAGUGUGACGUUGACGGUGACGACAGUGACCGUGGUCGUAACUGCAGGACAUUCCUUUUCGACUGGUUCCGUUCACAAAAGCGAGUGUCUUCCGCCAAGCUACAUUCCCUCUACUCCUCCCUCUUGAUUGGUUGCCUUUCUAGUCUGUUGACAAAUUCCAAGGCAGAGUUUGAAAAAAAAAGAGAUGGAUUAGAAUGUUCCAUCGCCGUGGAGACACCACCGAGUUCCGUUCAGACCAAUUCAGUUAUAGAGAAGCUGCCGAACAUGCCUGUAGCCAAUCCUCAGCUCCACGAACCCUGCGCUUACAGUCAGGUAAAGCAUGAAGUCUGCUUUGUGCUGGAUGACGGGACUGAGCUGCCCGCCAAUCUGGAUGCCGUCGCAGGGACAGAGGGGUCAGAGGAGGUGGGGUCUGAGUAUUUCAGAGCGCUCCUUAGGGGUGGCUUUGGGGAGGCUCAGGGGGUGGUAGGUCGCACCAUCCCCAUCAAGGAUGUGAGCAGAGGUAUGCUCUUGCCUGUACUGCACUACCUGCAUGGGUGUCGUCUGACCGGUGGAGAGGUCCGUAAGGAAGAGAGAGCGGGGAUGGCGGGAGAUGGACGAGGCGGAUGGUGUCCUGUCAUGGCUUCUCUCGUCUCGGAUGGACUGAGGAAGCAGCAGGAAAACGAGAAAGAGAGAGGCGUGGAUGAGAAGAUGGAAUUCCUAAAGACUCCUUUGGCUGAAGUGCUGAUUGGAGCAUGCAGGUUUUUGGUGACGGGUUUGCAGAGAGCUGCCGAAGACAUUUGUGUGACACUGUUGUUCUCCACUCCAGUUACUUCUGUACCCAGGAGUGGGCCCAAAACCUGCCAUUCAGAGGGCUCUGUUAAAAAGUCUCCCACCUCCGGACCUGACCAAGGCAGAACUGAAAAAGAGGUGCAUUUGGGUUUGGUAGGCAAGACACCAUCACAGUCACUAUCUAAAGGGUCCCCUCGUUUUCUCAAGAGGAAUACAGAAGUUCAUAGGACAGGACCAAGAUGUGUGUCAGAGUCUUCUAAAAAGCUUUCUAAAGUCCAGAGUCCUGAGCAGGUUCCAGCCUCUUCUCCCUCAGUGGACAGUGAUACUGAAGGGGUCUCCCUGAGCUCCCUCCUGCCCCAGGUCUACUGGUUCUCUCAACGCUACAGUUACCCCAGGCUUGGCCAAGCCUGUCUCUCUCUCCUGAUGCGGCCUCAGGUCUCUGGCCUGCCUGCCCUCCCCUCGUCCCUGUCUGCCCAGUGUCUGCUUCGGCUGGUCCGGGAGACAGACUGCGCUGAGCAACUGAGACAGCACCUUCUGUGCAUGGCCACUGAUGCUCUCAGCUGAGGGGAAGGGACUAGUCCGCAGAGAGAGAGAAUG